ACAUUGGACCAUUAAAAAACUUCAAAAAAAAAAAGGUUCAAAUGAAAAAAUUAUAUUUAAUUUAAAAAAAAAACAAUCCUUUUAAAAGAUAAAGUAGAAAUUAUAUAUUUAUUUAUUUUCAUUCUUACUUAAAUAAACCUUUUUUUUUUAUAAAAAAAACAAAUAACUUUAAUAUUAGGUUGACCUAUUAGAUUUGCAUUUAUCUCUUGGACUGCCAAGAACAUAGUAUAUUAACGGAGAUUGUUUUUUACAUGUACAAUAAUUUGCAAAUAACUUAUGGGCAACCCCCUUCUUCACAACCACAGAUAGUUGCUGGUGCAACAUCGGGAAGUGAAGGUGGAGGUCCUAAUAUACCUAACGUUCGCCUUUCAUUCAUUACCGCGCCGGAUCAAACAACAUUUGAGAAAUUAUAUGUACAAGGUUGUGUAGGUGGGAAGUAUUUAACAGGUGAAGGCGCAAAAGAAAUCCUUGUAAAAUCAAAAUUAAGUGCCGAAACACUUGCUCAAAUAUGGAAAUUAUCUAACCUUACAAAGAAUAAUUAUCUUACUUUUCCAGAAUUUGCUCUUGCUAUGUAUUUAACUAAUUUAAAACUCAAAAAACAAGAUUUACCUAAUACAAUACCUGAUAAUAUUCGUAAUGAAGUAAUGGGUGUUAUUGAACAAAUUAGAGUUAUUGAGCAAGAACUUCAAAAGCUACAUCAAAAACAACAGUUGCAACAACAAGCACCACAAAUUCAAAGGACCAUAAGUCCUUCUCAUAAUCAAAUGAUGUCACAUCCACAACAGCAACAAUAUACAGGGAUGCAAGUGGGCCCUAAUAUAGUUCAAUAUUCUUCAAAUCCAUCAGGUAUUCAAAAUAGUUCCAUGAUUUCCGGUAUGAUGCCUAGUAUGAUGCCUUUUACGCAACGUAUGUUGCCACAACAAAAUCCUCCACAACAGUAUAGUACAACUGGAAUAGUAGGAAAUGCAGAAAUUCCUUGGGCUGUAACACCCGAAGAAAAAAUACAAUAUAGAGAAAUAUUUAGACAAUGGGAUUCACAAGGAUUUGGAUAUUUAACAGGUGAAAAGGCUAAAGAAAUUCUGUCGCAAUCUGGACUACCUCAAAGUGAUUUAAUGCAAAUCUGGGAAUUGUCUGAUCCUAAUAAUAACGGAAAAUUAAACCAGGAUGAGUUUGCUGUUGCUAUGCAUUUGAUUUAUAGAAAAUUAAAUGGAUAUGAUGUACCUACUACACUUCCUCCUGAGCUUGUUCCUCCUUCUUCAAGAGAAUUAUCAGAAAGUGUAAAUAUGAUUAAGAAUAUGCUCAAAUCUGAUUCAAUCCAUAAUUCAAGUAUUGGAUUAGGUACACACACUUCAGGUGCUAAUUAUGCGAAAUCAAGAAGUUUUAAUGCUACACCUACAAUUAACAGAAAUGAUGCAACGGGAUACAAACAUACGGAUGAUGAAAAUGUAUACGUUUCAUCUUCAAGGUAUCGAGUUCCUUCUGUACCCCGUAGCCAGAAUACUUCAUCUUAUUCUUCUUUGUCAAAAUCAUCAUCAAUAUCAUCCGUAUCUGAAAAUAUUGGUGAAGAUAGGUCUUCAAAAAUUUCAGAAUUAAAAAAGCAAAUUCAUGAAAAACAAAUUAUGUUGGAAGCUUAUUCAUAUACUGCUGAUACGGCACCAAUCUCAUAUAAUAGUUCUUAUUCAAGUGAUGAUGUCUACGAAUUGAAAAAUAAGAUUAAAAAUAUUCAGAGAGAGAUUAAUGAAAAAGAACGUUCAAAUCCUGAAUGGCUUAAUAGAGAAUUUACUCGAAAUUCUGAAGAAUUAGGUUCUUUACUUGAGCAACACAAAAAUUUAGAUGAUGAAUUGAAUAAUAUGCUUGUAACUAUCGUUCCUGAAUUAAUUAGUAAGAUUCGUGAAACGAGUAAUAAAAUUCCUGAUUCUAAAUUAGAACUUUUUAAAUUAAGAGAAGGUAGUGGCGGAGGAUCUGAUUUGAACAUUAUUGGUACUGGUCCUGGAGGGGAAAUCACGGAAUCUGAUAGAAUUAAAGCGAAAGCACAAGCUAUGAUUCAAGCUCGUAUGGCUGCGAUUACUGGUAAAUCAGUAAAUUUUGGUGGUGGUGGUAGUAGUAGUAGUAUAAAUCCUAGAUUACUUGAAGAAGAAACUGAUAGAAUUAAUUCUGAAAAAGCCGAACGAGAAUUCAAAGUAGCAGAAAUUGAAAGAAGUAUCUCAAAAUUACAAGAUUCUGUGAUAAAAGCUUCAAGGGAAAGGGAAGAAAUUGAAGAUAAAUAUCGUAAGAUUGAACGUAAUAAAAGAGAUCGGGAAAGUGAAAUGCGAAAAUGGGAGGAUGGUAUUGGUGUAGAUGAUGAUGUUAGCAGGUUUAUUCAAGAUCUUAAAAGGGAUAGUUCAUCAUCAUCUCGUUAUGAUUAUAAUAGUGAUACUUAUUCUUCAUCCCGUGAUGUUUCAUAUAAUAGAAGAUCUUCCACUUCAUCUACAUCUAGUUCGGUUUAUACUUCUGUAAGUAAUACAACUAAUACACCACCUAGUUCAUUAUCUAAGUCUAAAUCACCUGAAGAACGUGAAGCUUUUAUUAAAGCGGAAGCUGAACGUAGGAUGCAAGAAAAAUUGAAAGCUUUGGGUGUUAAGAAGACAAGUUAUUCGAAAUCAAGCCCAUCAUCAGAUCCUGAUUCGCCUACUAUAUCAGACCGUUUAGCGCGUGAAAAAGCUGAGGCGGCUGAAAGAAAAGCUCGUGCAGAACGUGAAGCAGAGGAACGUGAACGUAUAAGGACCGAAAGGCUUUUAGCUGAGAAACAAAAGAAAGCAGAGCAAGACGCUGAAAAAUUACGUAAAAUGGAAGAAUUUGAGAAAAAAGAAGAAGAAAGAAGAAAUCAAUGGUUAGCGGAAGCAAAAGAACUUGAAAAAGCUAAAGACAGAAAGGCUCGUGAAAAAGAAGCAGCUAUGCGUGAAAAAGAAUUAGAAUUAGAACGUAAAAGGGUUGAAGCAGCUGAGAAAGAGAAGAAACUUGAAGAAGAAAGGUCGGCACGUAUUAAGAGAGAAGAAGAGGAACGUGCUGCAGAAGAAGAACGUAGAAGGAUAGAACAAGAAGCAUUAGUAGAAAAUGCUAAAGCGGCCAGAGAAAAAGCAAAAAAAAUGGAGGAAGAGGCUAAACAACGUGAAGAAACUGCUAAACGUGAAGCAGAGAGAAUAAAGACUAAAAGGGAAGAUUCCACGUUUUCAGUUAAAUCUUUUGAUAGUGGCUCACAAACACCAACAUUCGUAGAUUCUUCUAGCAAUAAUCCAUUUUUGAACUUAAGCUCUCAAGAACGAAAGGUGGUGGAUGCCAAUGAGAAUGAUACUAUAGAGAGUACUAAUCCGUUCUUUAAGUUCACUUCUGGCGCUGCUGCUCAAUCUAACGUACAAUCAUCACAAAAUGAUAAACAAGAUGAUGAUGAUGAUUGGAAUGUUGUUAAUAAUGAAGAAAGUAGUGAUGAUGAAUUUCCUCCAGGGAAUACUAAGCAACUUGCAUCUAAAUUAUUUGGUUCUGGUUAUUCAUUCGAACCUCCAAAUUUUGAAUCAGUUAAAACUACUCCACCCCAAUCAAAUUCUACCCCACCUCCUUCAAAAGUACCUACGUCUAAUGUAACUGCAAAAUCAAAUUCUAUCCCAAUACCGCCACCGCUUCCCUCUAAUUCAAACUCUAUUCCAGUACCGCCACCACUUCCUAAUUCGAAUGAUGUCCCAAUACCACCACCACUUCCUAAUUCUAAUGAUAUCCCAAUACCACCACCACUUCCUAAUUCUAAUGAUGUCCCAAUACCACCGCCGCUUCCUAAUUCUAAUGAUGUCCCAAUACCACCGCCGCUUCCUUCUAAUUCAAGUGUGCCACCUGCGCCACCAUUACCUACUACUUCGACUGUUCCACCGCCACCACCGCAACCGCAACAGCCAUUAUCUUCCGGCAACAAAUCGCAAUCAUUACCACUACCUUCUGGUUCACGAAACGCUUUAUUAAGCCAAAUUCAACAAGGAGCAAAAUUAAAGCCUACGAAGACCAAUGAUCGUUCUUCACCCUUAGUUGGAGGUAAAACUAAUGAUUCUAAUUCUUCUACACAAAAUUCUUCCGGUGGUGUAUCUCAACCAGCUGCUGGUAUGGGUGGAUUAUCUGGACUUGGUGCCUUGUUCGCGGGUGGAGUUCCUAAAUUAAAGAAUCGUGGAGGAGUUGAAACUGGGAGUUCUCCCACUGAGAAUGUUGCCUCUAAAUCCUCCCCUCCUACCCGUCAAAAAACCAUGGGAAGAAGAGUAUCUACGGAUUGGUUUGGUAAUUUAUCAUCGGAUCAACUUGCAGGUGAAGAAACUCCAAAACCACAAUCUAUUAAAACCGAAACUCCUGUAAACGAAGGAAAUAACAUUUUGGGGCAGAGUGUUACAUCUCCUACUUCAAUAUCGACGGAUAAUGAUAUUGACUAUUCACAAGAAUUUCGUGUCAAAUCUUUAUUUAAUUAUCCUGGAACUGGUGGAGCCGAUGAUCUUAAAUUUGAUGCCGGAAUUGUUUUCGUGGCUCAUCCAUCUAAGAAUCCAAAUAAUGCAGAAUGGUGGCAUGGUUCAAUUGAAGAAACCGGUUCAAAAGGAUGGUUUCCAAAGAAUUUUGUUGAAAUUUAUAAAGAAGAAAAAGAGAUUUGCAAAGCCAAAGCAUUAUACGAUUAUAAAGCUCAAAACUCUACGGAACUUGAUAUUAAAUCCGGUAACAUUGUUUCCAUUCUCGACAAAUCUUUGAAUGAUUGGUGGAAAGCAGAGUUUGAAGGCUCUAAAGGAUAUGUACCUGCGAAUUAUGUCGAAGAAAUUACUAGUAGUAGCGUCCUUAACAAAACGAGUACAGAUGAAUCAAAUGAGUCAGAUGGAAGUGAAGAUAAAACGGAUGAAGAUAAUUCCAGUCAGGAUGAAUCCAGUAAAGAUGGAUCCAUUUCUAAAUAUCAUAAUAUCACAGAGAUUGACAAUAAUACUACGCAAGAAAAUCUUAUUGAAUCUUCAUCUAAAAAAAUUACAAAGAUUUUACCAAUUGAUAUUCCAAAAGUCAAUAUUCAAGGUGUAAAUUCACCGACUACAAGUUCAUUUAAAAGACCAACACUUAAGGUUAAUAUUAAUACAUUAACCCCUGGUAAAUUAACUAGAAAACCGAGUCUUGAAGUUGCUAGAAGUCCGAGUCCUACAAGAUUAUUUGGAGCAAGUCCAAUUAUGUCUAUUCCUUGGAUGCAAUUGGGUGAUCCUCAUAAAGAUCACGAUAAUACACAUCUGGGAGUAUCUCCGCCUAAUCAUUCACAAAUUGCUUCGAGACCGGAGAGUCCUGUGUCACCCGGACAAGGACCUUCUGUUGUAUCAUGGACAAGUAUUAUGGAUCCUGAAACGAUUAAAGGUAUAACAAAAGAAGAUCGUAAAAGACAAGAAGCUAUUUUUGAAUUAAUAUCAACUGAGCAAAGUUAUCUUCGAGAUCUUCAAAUGAUCAUUGAAGUAUUUUAUGGACCUUUACAAAAUAUUUUAAUUGAAGACGAAUUAAAAAUAAUAUUCUCAAAUAUUGAGGAUAUAUUACUCUGUAAUACGGCUAUAUUAAGUGAUUUAGAGCAAAGACAAAAAGAUGAUAAGUUAUUCGUUAAAAACGUUGGAGAUAUACUUUUAAAGCAUUCAGAUGAUUUAGUGUGUUAUGAAAUAUAUUGUGGUAAACAAUUAAAUGCAAGUAAAUUUUUACAAAAUAAACGUAAUGUAAAUAAAACAUUUUCGGAAUUUCUUAAGAAAGCCCAACAGGAUCCACAAUGCGGAUCAUUAGAUUUAUCAAGCUUUUUAUUAAAACCUAUGCAGAGAAUAACAAGAUAUCCCUUACUUAUACGACAGAUAUUACAUUAUACGAAUAAAAAUGAUUCAGAUCAAGAGGAUUUGAUGAAAGCUUUACAUAAAGCUGAAACUAUUUUGGAGUCUACCAAUGAGGCAGCACGUGAACAAGAAAAUAAACUUAAAUUAACAGAAAUCUCAAAAUUAGUGGAUCUUGAAGAUCUAGAAGAGAAAUUGGAUUUAACGAGUACAACUCGAUCCGUUGGAAAAAGACAAUUUAUUCUUGAAGGAGCACUUAAAAAAGCAAAGAGUGGUAGAAAUUUAUAUGGUUAUUUAUUUAAUGAUUUAUUAUUACUUACGCAACAUAAUAAAAAAUCAGUUGCAAAAGGAUAUCAAUAUGCAUUAUAUAAACCGCCAAUACUAUUGAAUGAAAUAGUUGUAAAAAGAGGUCAAGAUGAAACAUUUCAGAUUCUUCAUAUCGGGGAUGUUAUCAAUCUGAAAGCAAUUAGUAUUUCUGCAAAACAGCAGUGGGUCAAUCAACUAGAAACUGCAAAUGGAUAUUGUCUAGAAGUUGAAAAUCAAAAACGAAAAAAAGAAAAUUUGACACCAAUUAACAGUAUUGGUACUUUAAAAGUAACAGUAUAUGAAGCUGUAAUACCAAUUGAUGCAAAUGAAAAAAAUAGCGUGAAUACAUAUUGUCAAGUACAAUUAAAUAGACAAAUCUUCAAAACAAAAAACGUAAAAGCUGAUAUAUUUCCUCAUUGGAAUCAGGUAUUUAAUAAAAUUUUAUAAAAGAAUGUUUACAAAAUUAUUAAAAUUUAUUAUAUAAAUAA